CAGACAAAGCUCUAUUCAACAUGAAGGAAGCCACUACUUUGAUUUUGCUCUUGGUAGCUCUGAUGGCAGUGGAGGUAAUCCAAGGCAAGCCCAUGGGCAGCGUCAUUGAUUUGGACGCGUACUUCGAGAAUGCCAAUUCCCAGGAACGCGUUGUCGGUGGCUACGAUGUUCCCGAGGAUGAGUAUGUGCCCUACCAGGUGUCCAUGCAGUUCCUCACACGAAACGGACAGCAGCGGCACUUCUGUGGUGGCUCUCUGAUUGCCCCCAAUCGCGUGCUGACUGCCGCUCAUUGCGUCAACGGACAGAAUGCCAGCCGGAUCACCGUGGUGGCUGGCAUUAGGGAUCUCAAUGACAGCACUGGCUAUCGCUCCCAGGUGCAGUCCUACGAGAUGAACGAGAACUACGAGGAGCUGGUGACCAGCGACAUUGCCAUCCUGAAGAUCGAUCCGCCCUUUGAGGUGGAUCAGAAGCGUGUGGCCACCAUCGAUGUGAGCGGCUCGGAUGAGGUGGGCGCCGAUCAGGAGGUUCUGCUCACUGGCUGGGGCUCUGUCUUUCACUUUGGCACUGGUCCCUUUGCCAAGUAUCCCACGGUGCUGCAGAAGCUCUCCUACAAGACGCUCAGCAACGACAGAUGCAAGGAGACCAUGACGCAGCUCACGGACACUGAGAUUUGUGCUCUCGAAAGUUUUGGAAAGGGCGCCUGCAAUGGCGACUCUGGCGGUCCUUUGGUGAUGCAGCAGGGCGAGUCCCUCAAGCAAGUGGGCGUCGUGUCCUAUGGCACGGCCUUCUGCGCCUCCAACAGUCCCGAUGUCUACACCAGGGUGUCCAUGUUCGAUGGCUGGAUUGCAGAGCGAAUGUCCUAAGUGACAAAAGAUUUAAUAAACAUGACUUUGAAUA